AUGUCUGAAUCAUCUGAAGUAGAUGGUGGAGGAACAGCAUCAUCAGUAGGAUCAACAAAUGCCUUAACAGAAGUAGUACCUGCAGAAGAUGGAGGAGGAGGUGUGACACCAGAAGACCCAACCCUAGGCCAUCAACUGAUGGUUUAUUUCAAGCAAGUUUAUGGAAAUCCUUUUAAUCAGAUUGAUGAGAAUGGACAGCGAACACGUUGCAAUUCAUCAUUGGAAGAUGAGCUAAGGGUUCAAGAUGAUGAUGAGACGAAGCAGUUGCCGAAGAGUGUGAGGAUGGCUAUCUAUGUAACAAACACAGCUAACAUCGUGCUCUUUGCCGCAAAGGUUUUUGAUUCUAUUGAGAGGAAAUCAUUGGCGGUCAUUGCGUCAAUCUUGGCUCCACUCUUUGAUCUCUUGUGGGGAUUUAUAUUGUGGUUUACAUCUCAUGCUAUGCAAAACCCAAACCAGCGUCGAUAUCCAAUUGGAAAGAAACGAAUGCAGCCAGUGGGAAUCAUUAUUUUUGGAUCUUUCGGAUUACAAGUACUAUUUCAGGCAGCUCAACAAUUCAUUACAAAGUCUGUGCCUGAAAAGGAUCCUCAGAAGGAGAAAUGGAUAAUUGGAAUAAUGACAUCUGUAACUUUGGUGAAGUUUAUGCUCGUGGUCUAUUGUCGAAGGUUUAAAAAUAAAAUUGUUAGAGCCUAUGCUGAACAUCAUUUUUCUGAUGUUAAAACCAAUUUGAUCAGUUUGGCAGCAGUUGUCCUGGCCAGUCGAUACUAUUGGUGGAUUGAUCCUACUGGAGCUAUUAUAAUACUAUUAUAUACAAUGAAUACAUGGAAGAAGACGUUCAUUGAGAAUUUAUUUGCCCUAAUUGGAAGGACAGCACCACCUGAAUUUUUGGGAAAGCUAACAUAUCUGAUAUGGAACCACCAUGAAGAUGUCAAGAAAAUUGAUACGGUAAGAGCAUACACAUUUGGUUCUGAUCAUUAUUUUGUGGAGGUUGACAUAGUUUUGCCACAGGACAUGGUUCUGAGCAAAACGCAUGACAUUGGUGAGACACUGCAAGAGAAGCUGGAGCAACUCCCUGAAGUUGCGAGAGCUUUUGUGCAUAUAGAUUCCGAGUAUACUCACAGGCCUGAACACAAGACCAUGGUUUGAUGACAAAGAUGAU